GGUGGUGUUACCGAACCUCCUGUAGGGAAUUGCACAACUCCAUGGUUUGACCGUGAUAACCCAUCAGGAUUUGGAGAUUAUGAAACGUUCCCCCAUCUGCGAAAUGAGAAUCCCGGUCAGAUCUGCACGGAUCCAAUCGCCUGUGAGGUGGAGACAACGUCAGGGAUUCCGGCCUCACAGACUGGAGAGAACAUUGCCAGUUGCAACGUUUCUACUGGAUUCUUUUGUAUGAACAGCAACCAACGUGAUGGCUCAUGUCAAGAUUACAGAAUACGAUUCACCUGCCCCGAUUCCUUUUGUGGUGUUACCGAACCUCCUGUGGGGAAUUGCAAAACUCCGUGGUUUGACCGUGAUAACCCAGCAGGAAUUGGAGAUUAUGAAAUAUUCCCCAAUCUGCGAACUGAAAAUCCCGGUCAGAUCUGCACGGAUCCAAUCGCCUGUGAGGUGGAGACAACGUCAGGGAUUCCGGCCUCACAGACUGGAGAGAACAUUGCCAGUUGCAACGUUUCUACUGGAUUCUUUUGCAAGAACAGCAACCAACGUGAUCGCGCAUGUCAAGAUUAUAGAAUACGAUUCACCUGCCCUGAUUCCUUUUGUGAUGUUACCGAACCUCCUGUAGGAAACUGCAAAACAGACUGGUUUGACCGUGAUAACCCAUCAGGAUUCGGAGAUUAUGAACUCCUCACCAAUCUGAGAUCUGAGAAUCCCGGUCAGAUCUGCAUGGAUCCAAUCGCCUGUGAGGUGGAGACAACGUCAGGGAUUCCGGCCUCACAGACUGGAGAGAACAUUGCCAGUUGCAACGCUUCUACUGGAUUCUUUUGUGUGAACAGCAACCAACGAGAUGGCGCAUGUCAAGAUUACAGAAUACGAUUCACCUGCCCGGAAUCUUUUUGCAACUGCAAAACUCAGUGGUUUGAUCGUGAUGAUCCAACAGGGCACGGCGAUUAUGAAGUUAUCACAAAUCUGCGAAAUGAAAAUCCAGGUGUGAUCUGCCCCAAUCCAAUUGCCUGUGAAGUGGAGACGUUGUCAGGAAUUCCAGCCUCAAGCUCCGGAGAUAUCGUUUCCAACUGCAAUGUUAUUUCAGGAUUUAUUUGUGUGAAUGCAGAGCAAACAGAUGGACGAUGUGAAGAUUACAGAAUCCGGUUUAUCUGCCCAGAAUCAUUCUGUAACUGCAAAACUCAGUGGUUUGAUCGUGAUGAUCCAACAGGAUACGGCGAUUAUGAAAACCUUGCAAAUCUCCGUAAAGAAAAUCCAGGUCUUAUCUGCCCCAAUCCAACUGCCUGUGAAGUGGAGACGCUGUCAGGAAUUCCAGCCUCAAGCUCCGGAAACAUUGUUUCCAACUGCAACGUUAUUUCAGGAUUUACUUGUGUCAAUGCAGAGCAAACAGAUGGACGAUGUGAAGAUUAUAGAAUACGAUUUACCUGUCCAGAUUCAUUCUGCAACUGCAAAACUCAGUGGUUUGACCGUGAUGAUCCAUCAGGACACGGUGAUUAUGAAGAUCUUACAAAUCUCCGGAAUGAAAAUCCAGAUCUAAUCUGCCCCAAUCCAACUUCAUGUGAAGUGGAGACGCUGUCAGGAAUUCCAGCCUCAAGCUCCGGCGACAUUGUUUCCAAUUGCAACGUUUUUUCAGGAUUUGCUUGUGUCAAUGCAGAGCAAACAGAUGGACAAUGUGAAGAUUAUAGAAUACGAUUUACCUGUCCAGAAUCAUUCUGUAACUGCAGAACUCAAUGGUUUGAUCGUGAUGAUCCAUCAGGACACGGUGAUUAUGAGGUUCUUACAAAUCUCCGAAAUGAAAAUCCAGGUCUGAUCUGCCCCAAUCCAACUGGAUGUGAAGUGGAGACACUGUCAGGAAUUCCAGCCUCAAGCUCUGGGGACAUUGUUUCCAGCUGCAGCAUUAUUUCAGGAUUUUUAUGUGUCAAUGCAGAGCAGAGUGAUGGACGCUGUGAAGAUUAUAGAAUACGAUUUAUCUGCCCAGAAUCAUUCUGUAAUUGCAGAACUGAGUGGUUUGACCGGGAUGACCCAUCAGGUUUUGGGGAUUAUGAAGACCUUACAAUUCUCCGAAAACAAUAUCCCAAUCAUAUCUGCAAUAAUCCGACUGCCUGUGAAGUGGAGACAGUAUCAGGAGUUCCAGCCUCAAGUACCGGGGAUAUUAUUUCUGAGUGCAGUAUAUUGUCUGGUUUUAUUUGUUUGAAUUCCGAGCAGAUGGAUGGGCAAUGUGAGGAUUACAGAAUACGAUUUAUCUGCCCUGAAUCGUUUUGUAAUUGCAAAACUGAAUGGUUUGACAGAGAUGAUGCAACAGGAAAAGGGGACUUUGAAACUCUUGCAAAUUUACAAAUGGAAUAUCCAGGUCGUAUUUGCAGUAAUCCGAGUGGCUGUGAAGUGGAAACAGUAUCUGGAAUACCAGCUUCAGACACAGGAGACAACAUUACCCCGUGCAAUGCUGCCUUUGGAUUUACUUGUAACAAUGAAGAACAAAGUGAUGGGCUCUGUGAAGAUUAUAGAAUACGAUUUACUUGUCCUGAAUCUUUUUGUAAUUGUGUAACCCAAUGGUUUGAUCGUGAUGAUCCAUCAGGAAUUGGGGAUUUUGAAGAUCUUGAGAAUUUAAGAAAAGCCUUUCCCGAUCAGAUCUGCAGCAAUCCAACUGCCUGUGAAGUACAGACUAUAGCAGGAAUUCCAGCCUCAAGCUCUGGCAACAACAUACCACAAUGCAGCAUUUCUACUGGAUUUACUUGUAUCAAUGUUGAGCAGAAAAAUGGGAAAUGUGAAGAUUACAGAAUAAGGUUUACCUGCCCAGAAUCGUUUUGCGACUGUAAAACCCCAUGGUUUGAUCGUGAUGACCCAUCAGGAAAAGGGGAUUAUGAGAACCUUCAAAGUCUCCAAAAAGAAAAUCCUAAUAAAAUCUGCAGUAAUCCAACUGCCUGUGAAGUACAGACAACAGAUGGAGAACCAGCCUCAAGCACUGGAGACAUUAUUCCUGUAUGUGACGUAUCCAAUGGGUUUGUUUGUGAGAAUGCAGAUCAGAAAAUUAAUGGUUGCCACGAUUACAGAAUACGAUUUACAUGUCCUCAAUCAUUUUGUGGCAAGAAAACUCCAUGGUUUGAUCGUGAUAACCCAACAGGACAAGGAGAUUUUGAAGAUCUUGUAAAUCUUCGGAAAGAAAAUCCCAAUCAAAUCUGCAGUAAACCAAUUGCCUGUGAAGUACAGACUGUGGGUGGAAAACCACCAUCAAGCACCAAUGACAACAUUCCUGAGUGCAGCAUUUUAACUGGAUUUGUUUGUCUGAAUAAGGAUCAAACCAAUGGAGCCUGUGAAGAUUACAAAAUACGAUUUACCUGCCCUUAAUCAUCUUUAACAACAAACUGCAAAUAGAAAAGGAAUUACAGGACCGGAAUUGGGACCUUAUCAUAUCCAGUUUUCCAAAUGACUGCCCAGUGUUAUGAAACUGCAAUUUAACAUUUGUGUAUUGAUAUAAACAAAGAAUUCUGUUAUGUUGCCUAAUUGCUAUUAGUGUAAUAUUUGGAAUGUAUCAUGGUUCCAGUAACUAAAUAUAUAAUAAAUGUUUUGCAAAAAUGGAAAGGAAUUUUAACAGAAUAUUUAUUUUCUAAAUAUGGAAAAAUACUGGUCUUAUGAAUAUCUAGAUUCCUUAUCUAAAAUUUGUUGCUGCAACUCUAGCAUUACAGAGUUUCUUUCUUUUGCAUUCACAAAUUGAUGUCACUAGACCCAACUAUUAUUCACAUGGAAUUUGUCUUUGAUAUAUAUAUUUAAGUUAACAGAAUACGUUAGCAUAUUGUAAUUGUACAUAUACCACAGAGAACUCACCAGAAUUGCAAUAUACACUAAGAAAUACUUUGAAUGGAGCACCAUUUUUGUACACCCUUGGGGACCUCUCACCCCUACACACUGGAGAAUCUGUUGUUUGCAUUUUCCUUUGUGGUUGGUAUAAUUGUUGAAGUAUAACAAAUCUUACUGGACCUCUCCUUUAAUUUAUUUAUUGGUAAUAUUAUACUGCAUUAUUUUUUGGUCUAAUUUUACUCGCCUAAUCGAUUUUCCGCAUUUCAUGUAUUGAAGAAUAGAAUCAUCCUCUCACAAAAGUACUCAUAAAUUUGAAAAGUCUUCAGAAAAUUACUAGCAAACGAUUACUUCCACUGGCUGAAGAAUUGAUAAUGACAAGACAAGAUUUAGGAUUGAAAGACUUUAUUCUAUGUUCCAAUUACUAAGAUUUUUGUGACACCUUGGUUUGCUCAUCCCUUUUCAUUCAACUCAUAGCUGCCCCAGGCACAUUCCCGUGCAACAGCAGAAGAUGUUACACCUCCUUUCUCACUUCCAUCCAGUGACACCAGCAGCCCUUCAAGGUGAGAUAGAGGUUCGCGUGCAUCUCUUCCAACCUUGUCUAUUGCAUCUGGUGCAAAGUGGAUGCGGCAAACAUCGUUUCACUAAACACGUGCUCUGCCAACAAGGCAUACUGGAGCUCCAAUUUAUAAACCAAUUUAACUCUCCUUCGCAUUCCUCUAGCACCUUUUCUGUCCUUUGUUAGAGUGAGGCCAUGCACAAACUGGAAGAACAACACAUUUGUUUCAUUUAGAUGGCCUACAACCUAAGGGUAUGAGCAAUGAAUUAUCCAAUU